GAAUAGUAGCUCAAUAGCUCACAAAGUUCUUGAGAUAUUGAAAUUAUUGACAUAGAAAAUUGAGUUCGUAAUUUAUAUUAAUUUUCUUCUUUAAUGUUGACUGUCUAACUCCAUCUAAUUAUGUAUUUUGGAGACACUUAGGUGUCGCCUUACUCCCUUUACAUGUUUCUAGUAUCUAACUAGGUGCGAAACCACUAGACAAAGCGUUUUGGCAUUGUCUAGAGUCUAAACGUACCUAACCAUAAGGUUAAGCGCGCCUUUUUGAACUAGAUAAACUAGUACAACAUUUAUCUAACGUUUUUUUUAUCUUAAACCCAUUGAAAAAGAUGAUUCUUCGUAAGAUAAAAUGGGUGUGUCCCAUAGAGCCCAAACCUAAGAAUGCCUUCCAUACACUAACAGGAAAAUGAAAUUUUGUGAGCCGCCGAGCAACCAAACCGGCAAUUUCCAUACACCAAACAGGAUUACAGGAAAAGGAUUAUAUUCGCCACCCGCCGCCACUGGCUAUACUUUCCGUUUCCGCAACCAAACCGGAUGCCAAAUAUAUCUAUAUAAGUAUACUUAGCUUCCUUCCAUUAAGUUUGUCUUUCACCAUUACUUUCCCUUUAGAGCGUCUUUCCUUUUAGGACUAUCUAACGCGAACGAUUAUGGGACGCCAACGCCGACGCCAACGAUGCGAUCAGCCCGAGGGGUGCGCCAAUCUGCCGCCGGAGAUCCUGCUCGAGAUCUUGACCCGCUGCUCGCCGGAAACGAUCGCGAAAUGCCGGGUCGCGUCGCGGGAGCUCAACAGCCUGAGCCACGAGCCCAGCUUCGCGCGAGCGUGGGUGGGGAAGACCACCUUCCGCCGUUUCGCCCAUGGAAUGUUCUGGGAUCCGUUUAUCUGGAUAUGGUUACUGUUCUGCCGUCGGAGUGAUAAUCACAGCUGUUCAAAUUCAACCGUCGUCGAUCCGCAUCCGGUCCCUAAUGAUAACGACGUUAUAAUGCUUCAUCAUCAAGAUUACCGGUCGAAUGAACUUAUGUGUGUAUAAACAACAUGGUGAUGAUUUUCCGUCGAGUUGUUUCUAACUAAUUAAUGCAAUAGAUUCAUACUGGGAACAACGACAACGUGUAUGGUUGGACACGUAAUCGUAGUAAAUUAAUAUAGUUGUUGCUUAUAUAGUGUGUUAUACUAUUUACACCUCUCAAAGUACUCGCACUAGAUAUUACUAUCUUGGGUAAUUUACAUAACAUUUUCCCUUGUCACGCUUUUGAAUUCACUUUCCUUAUGUUAUGGGGAAUUUUUUUCAAUUUCGAUCCUACUUGCUUUUCUCAAAGAGAGUGUGAAAAGCAUCUACCAGGGAGGGACAAGGCUCUUGCUUAGUACAACCAGAAAGAAUGCAGAGUAAGACCACGAAGAGGCUUGUUUUUCGGGGCAUAAGAUUACUCCAGUCGAGCAACUUCGUUUUCCUUCUUCCUUCGAGCUAAACUUUCGUCUUUCGAGCUUAUAUAUUCUCCCCCUAUCCUUUAAAUCAAUCCGGCGCUGAGGUUUGUAGCCACGCGCUCUAAUCCUCUGAGCUAGAGACCCCACCUCGUCUCCACUAUAUAUGUUCCGGAGUACCCAAAAAAUGAACAUUUCCUCUGCCCAACCAUUUCAUAAUAAUAUUAUUACUUCUUUCGACUUCCUAAUUACACUCCAGGGAUUCCACACUUGCAAGAAAACUGUUGUCCAGUAUGGAUUUAAGUAUCGUCCUCGCCAAUAUUAGAGAUACUAGUUCAUGCAUUUUGGAUAUUAGUUAGUAUCUGCUAACGAAUCUUCAAAUUAGCAGAUUAACUUUUUCGGUUCAACCUGGCUUCUGCUUUUAUUUUUUACUAUUGCAAAGAGAAAUAUGGUGAAUUAAGGGAUGUUUGCUUGUUAAAUUUGAAAAAUGAGGAUUUUUUUUUUUUGAAUUCAUGAUUGAUUUUUUGUAUUAUGAAUUUGAAUAGCGUAUUUUUUGCAUGAUAGAUUGAUGAAAUAAUUAUGAUGAAUUUGUAAUAUAUAACUAGCUAUAAAAAAUUUACAAAUUCAAAUUCAAUAUGUGAGAUUUACAAGAUCGUAAUCCACAAAUGUGGAUCCCAAAAUAAAAUCAAAUCCAUGGAGUUUAACACUCAACAACAAACAAUUGGUAUGACUAAGGGGUCGUUUGCUUCAAGGAUUUGGUACAUGGAUUUGGUACCAAAAAACCAAUUAUCAAGGAUUUAGGUACAAUUCGUUGUUUGCUUGCACCUUUUUUGGAGACCAAAUCCAUGGGGCCCACGGAUUUUAAGGGUCCAAAUCCGUGGACCCCACGGACUUAUAAAUCCCACAUGUUGAUGUGCGAUUUGGAAUAUGGCAUAAAUCCUUGAUGAGAUU